UUCCAAUGCAGAGCUUGAUGAUUAGUCAAGACCGUGGGAGAAAAUGACUGAUAAUUGCUUAGUAUAUCCCAUAUAUAAGUAUUGGUGUACCCCAUAUGUAUAGAUAGGAAUACGUAGUUACCAGCGGCAACAGUGUUUCUAGCCAUUCUUAUUUCGUAGUCCGUGGGAGAUAGCCACCAAUUCCAUCUUCAAAGUCAAACUAUUUAGCCUGUUCGGAUAAAGAAUAAUAAAGUAAUAAUAUGGACGUACAGAAAAAGGGGUGGUUCAGCGAAGUUCACGAUCUUUGGCCAGGAAUUACAUUGUCCUUAGAAAUAAACAAUGUCUUGUACAAGCGAAGAUCCAAAUACCAAGACAUUCUAGUAGUUGAAACAAAGGCUCAUGGUAAGAUGUUGGUUCUGGACGGGGUCAUCCAAUGCACGGAAAGAGACGAGUUUUCGUACCAGGAAGGCAUCGCCUUUCUGCCACUUUGCUCGCAUCCAAAUCCGGAGAACGUUUUGAUAAUCGGCGGAGGCGACGGCGGCGUAGCUCGCGAGGUCGCCAAGCAUCCUGGUGUCAAGCGGAUAACGCAGGUGGAGAUCGACGAGUAUGUCCUGGAGGCAGCAAGGCUGCAUUUGCCCUUCAUGAGCAUCGGGCUGAGCGAUCCGAAGGUCGAUCUCCAGGUUGGCGAUGGGUUUCAGUACAUGAAAAACCACACCAACGAGUUCGACGUCAUCAUCACCGAUAGCUGCGAUCCCGUGGGACCCGCGACGUGCCUUUUCGAAGAGUCGUACUUCCGACUCAUGAGGACGGCUCUCAAACCCGGAGGAAUAAUUUGCAGCCAAUCGGGAACGGCCUGGGCUAACCUGGACCACGUGAGCCAAACGUUGAGUAAUUGUCGGUCCAUGUUUCCGGUCGCUUCUUACUGCAUCGUCUCUGUCCCAACUUACCCUACAGGACAAAUCGGGUUCGUCCUGGGCAGCCUAAAUACAAGCACGGAUUUCAAGGAACCAGUACAAAAAUUCAGCGAAAAAGAACUGGACGAUAUGAAAAUACGAUAUUACAGCGCCGAUGUUCACCGUGCUGCUUUUGUACUGCCGAGAUUCGUCGCCAAAGAGCUACUAAUCGAUAAUAAAAUUUUAUCUUAGAAUGAAUUAUCUACGCAUUAUCAACUGCUGUUUUUUCAAAAAUUCUUUGUGUGCGUGUAACACGCAACCGUCCCGAAUUGUAUUUCAUUUUUUAAUAUAAAAUAUAUUCGCUGUCAGUAGUUUUUCGUAGUUACUUUAUUUUUCUUCUUUGAACUCAUAAAAUGAUGAUUAGUGUAAAUUAUAUAUUUAAUGUUAGAAGUGUUUUAAUAUUGUUUAACUUUAAUGUAUAAAUAAAUACAAUAUUCUUAAUGGCGAUUGAUUGUGAUAACAUUCCUGGACGACGAUAUAAUGCAUCUAUUUGUGAUAAAUCUUGUGCGGUUGUAUCGAAGAAAAAGAAAGUAAAAUAAUAACUAUCAAAUUACAGCCUAAAUUCUGGAUUGUCGGGAAAAAAUGCUCACGAGUGUAUCACAACAAUUGGUAAGAGGCCAGGCAUAAGCAGUAAAUAGAUCUUGUAUAUGAUAAUUACUGACGAUUUAAAUUAUAUUUACUUUGUAUGGUUAUUAUCUUUAUCAUCUCUUGUCAAGAUUUAUGCUGUUGCUGUUUUUGAAAUAAUUUGACGUCAUCGAUUGACGAAUUUUCGGCUGUUUCAUUCUCUUUCAAAUCUCCUUUUAUUUCUCCCUAAUGUAUUACUAGCCAUUAAAUUUGUCCUUAAAAUAUAUUUUCAAUAUAUAUAUAUUCUUUUCAUCAUAGUAAAACACUUAAUUUUUGGUAUGGUUAGACUUAGAUGUAACAAGGGUUAUCUUACAAUG